AUGGCGACUUCCGUAUCAAAACAAGAAGACUCUCCAUCCUCCCCUAAGGACGCUGACAGCGAUGCACCAAAACCGAUAGCAAAUAAAAACUGGCCAGAGCCAGUCGUUGCCUCUAGCAUGUCAAGCAUAUUUAGUAUGCUUACAGAGAAAAAACCAGAAAGGAAAUUAAAGCGGCCACGUCGCGACCCCAAGACAAUAGAGAGGGCUAAUCUACUGAAUAUUUGUAAACUUGUCAUCAAAGAACUGCUGGACUCUUCAUUAUCACACGGUCGCAUGCUGGACGAUGAACAUGUCCCACUUCAGCAGUUCUUCGUUGUCUUGGAGCAUGUACUGCGUCAUGGAAUCAAACCAAGGAAAGGUUUACUACGGGACAAAAAGGACUUCUGGUGUGUUCUGGAGAUGGUGGAGAAGCUUGUCCCAGAGGCAUCAGAGAUCAGCACCAGUGUGAGGGAUAUGCCUCAUAUAAAAACUCCUCUUGGACGUGCCAGAGCCUGGCUGAGGCUGGCCACCAUGCAGAAAACUUUAGCAGACUACUUUAAAGUACUGAUGGAAAAAAAAGAUGUAGUUCUGAGCGAGUUUUAUGACCCGGGGGCAAUGAUGAUAGAGGACGAAGGUAUGGUGAUUGCUGGACUUUUGGUUGGACUAAAUGUGAUUGACUGUAAUAUUUGUGUAAAGGAAGAGGAUCUUGAUCAGCCUAUGGGUGUGAUAGACUUUAGUUUGUAUCUUAAAGACUCACGAUUACACGACCAGUCACCUGAUGAAGACAGUGCGGAGGGAAAAUCCAAAAUGGCAACAAUUUUAGAUCAGAAAAAUUACCUUGAAGAAUUAAACAGACAUCUGAACGCUACUGUAACAAACCUACAACAGAAAAUGGAGACAGCACAGACAACUAAUGCCUUGAUGAAAGAAGACUUGGCAAUUUCUAAAAACACCAUUCUAACUCUGCAGGAGGAAAACGCUGCUCUUCAGGCACAGAAGAGCUCUCUCCUCCAAGACGCACAGAAACAGAUGGAGGCUAAUAAACAAGACAUAGAGACAGAGAGAGAAACAUAUCAAACGUCUCGGGCAGGACUUGAUGAAAUGUAUGGUGACAUGAAGAAAAGGUUGGAUGAAGAAACACAGACCAGGCUUGAUGUGGAAAAAGAACUGGAACUCCAGAUCGGUAUGAAACAGGAAAUGGAGAUGGCUUUAAGGAUUUUAGAAAAAGAUAUCCAUGAAAAACAAGACACUAUGAUUUCUUUACGAAAACAGCUUGAAGAGAUCAAAACAAUUAACUUAGAACUCUACCAGAAAUUGCAGAGUUGCGACCAAAGUCUAAAGCACAAAACAGAGUUGGUGACGAAACUAGAAGACAAAACUACUCAACUUGUCACGACACUUAAAGACAUGGAAAAGCGACUUAAACAGGCAGAUUCUGACAAAAUUGCUGCUGAGGAAACAGCCCGAAAACUGGGUCAGGUUAUAGCUGAUAAAGAUUGUAAACGAACUGCUUUAGAGACGGACCUUAGGAUAGAGCGUGAAUGGCGUGGUACGCUUCAGAAAACCUUGGAUCAGGAGAAAGAGGCGACAGCCCAACUACAAGCUGAAUAUACACAGAUCAAGGAGGUGGAAAAGGAUUAUAAAUCAUUACAAAAGAUGCAUCAAAGUCUACAAGAGACGUGUGAGGAACAGGAAAGAACUCUAGCAGAACUUGGCUCACAUCUAAGCGAAUCCAAGUUGAAAGUGGAAGACAUGAGAGAGGCAAGCCAAGCAACUAAAGAAGCUGCUUGGAUGAGUGAUAAGGACGCAUCUCAGUGUAGUAGCUGUAAUAAGGAGUUUUCUAUAGCUAGAAGGAAGCAUCAUUGUAGGAACUGUGGCGAGAUUUUCUGUAAUGAAUGUUCGGACAAUAAGAUGCCGUUGCCAUCAUCAGCUAAGCCUGUUCGUGUCUGUGAUACUUGUCAAACUCUGUUACUGCAAAGAUACUCGUCCGCAGGAAACAAAGCCUAGAGAAGGCUUCUCUACCACACAAUUGUCAAACAGGAAGAUGGAAAGCAAUUUAUCACUUGGCUAAUAUCAUCGUGAUGGAACAUAUGAUUCCAAAAUAAUGGGAAAUAUUCUUUAAAGAAAUUUAUUGGGGGAAAAGUUUUUCGUUAUUUAUUUUGAUUCAGAAUCAUCUACAAGGAUUGGUGUUAGUGGUUGAUAACACCAUGUUAAACCUAAAAUAGUAACUUUCAUUUAAAUAAUGAUACUGCUACUUUGAAUUUUGGUUUGUUAACCAGUAAUCACUCCCGAAUAAUAUAACCAGUUCCGUCAAACUAAUUGCCUAAUUAUAUCCAAUGUUAAACACCUAGUCGAAUACAUUUUCCAGUGAUGUUAGCUAAUUAUGUUAAAUGUGAUGACCUCAAAUAUCUCCGAAUGACAUAUUUUGUGAAAUGAUUAUUAUUUACCAGUCGAAGAAUGACGUUUUAAAAUUACGCAAUAUUGCUUUGGAAACUUGUUAAAUGCUGACAAAAUAUUUUUAAAAAAAACUGAUGUUUCGUGGUUUUAAAAUAUAGUUUCAUACCAUGUCAAUUUAUAUACCAAUUACAUCAGAACCCUAUAGAAAUUUUAGGCAAUGGUUAUCAGAAGAAGUGGGAAGACAGUGUUAUUACACAUGGUUUUGGGGUUCAGGUUGAUUCAGGUACUGGUACAUAGCCAUCAUGCUGCUACUCCAUGUGCAAUUAUUGUGGCCAUAUGGCUUGGGCGUGUAUUCAUAUAUACACUACAAGCUUUGAUAUCUUGUGAGAAAAUUUCCCGUCAUGUUUGAUUUUAUUGCCGAUUCUGUGUUCAUUUAACCUAAGUAUUCCUGCGUUGUAUUUGUCUAAUUAUGGUUUUUACAUACUCAUAUAAUUAUGUGCCAAUUGAAUUGAACAAAAGUGUUACCCGUUUUUGUCUUAAUGUUUCGAAGCAGCAAAACCGAGACCAAUUCUUACUUUUCUGUUCACACCCAAUUUCAGAGAGUUUCCUUUAGAUGAAUUUGUUCUAUCGUACAACAGCUGCAACAAAGAAAGUUGGAAUACAAUUAUAUCGAAGAGUGAAUAAUAUGAAAUUAUGAACGAUUAAAAAUCUCGAUCGCUCUUGGUCUUAUUUUUUGGAUGAUAAUCAAGACAUUUUGAAAAUAAGCUAGCGUUCCAUUUAAAGACUCAGAAUUUACUUCUUCAAAUUGUGUACGCACGUGCAUAAACUAUGUGUUUGUACAGAUAAAAUUGAGUUUCUGAUUGUUUAACCUUAUUUGUGUUUAAAGGUAAUUUGGUACUUAGUCAGAACAACGGGUAGGUAUUUUGAUUGGUGUGGCUCAUCUAGUUUGGGUGAAAAGCAAGAAAUGUAGAUGGUUAGGAAUGAGAUUUUGAAUUAUUUGUUUUAGGGUUUUUAUGUUUUACAAUGUUUUUACUUUAUAAAACGGACCAUUUUCCUGAUUGAAUCACAAAUGCACUUUACUGAGUCAAAUCGUGGAUGGCGAGACACAAUUCCACCGAGCUAAUGUCCAAUUACAAUAGUAACGUCACAUUUACGCUUGAAUUGAACAUACUGCUGCAUCUACGAUCUUCCUAUUGUUACUGUGCAACUUUGGAUUCAACUCGUUUUACAUCUUCUUGGAAUCAAGAGAUUUGUCAAACCAUUUUAACAUAUUUGAAAUGGCAUAUGGAUUAUCGCACAUGUCCUUGCUAAAUCGUGCUACACAAGUCAUAUUGGAUGGUAGUUUGUCGGAAAUAUGAACGAUGGAAAUAUAUUUCGGAAUGUCUGUUGUGCGUAUAUGAACUCGAAAUAUGGAUUAUUUGACUUAAAAUGAAUUAAUACAAUAGUGUGGAUGUGUAUCUUGUGCUUGUGAAUGCAAUUGUGAUGUAAGAAUGCAUUGUACAUUACAAAGAAAUGUGAUAAGAUUAAUGAUAUAUAUAUAAAUGAAUGUAACCAAUGUGAAGGUUGUUCCAAUAUGAAUAUAUGAUGCUUAAAUAUAUAUAUAUGUAAUGUUAUUUUAACAGAGCAACUCAUAUUAAAUAUCGAUGACUUUUACGUAUAACAUAGUCAUGUUCGCAUCAUAACAUUUUGAAAAUGAUUGUUUUGAUGUUAUUGCAGUCAUUUAAAGUGAUAAGAAUAAAGCAUCUCAUGGGUC